CCAACGAAACCCCCAGUUACAUAAAGCCACCCCCAAUCGCCACAAAAGCCCACCAACACCUCCGCCUCACCACUAAAAAAGUUCCACGCCCCCCAUCAUUCCCAGCCAUGUCCGACUCCCCACCUUCCCCACCAACCCCCUUCGCAACCCUCUACACAACCCCCUCCUUGCUGCACGCGCAUGCCACCAAAGCCCUCGCCGCCGCGGCCCUCAACGCCCUCCCCAUCACCGUUCCCCCCGACUUCGCCUACGGCACCACCAACCGCACCCCCGCCUUCUUCGCCAAGUUCCCCAUGGGCAAGAUCCCCGCGCUCGAGACCGCCACCGGCUUCUGUGUCGCCGAGGCCAGCGCCAUCGCGCACUACCUCGCCGACAGCGGGCCCAAGCGGCUGCAGCUGCUAGGCCGCACGUCCGAAGAGCGCGCGCUGGUGCAGAUGUGGAUGAGCUUGGCCGACAGCGAGAUCUUCCCGGGUAUGGGCGCCGUGCUGGGGCCGAUGAUGGGGACGGUGGCGUAUGAUGAGGGGGUGGUGGCGGCGGGGGAGGCGGCGUAUUUGCGGGCGGUGAGACCGGUGGAGGGGCAUUUGAAGCGGAAUGAGGGGAGGGGGGCGGAGUGGUUGGUUGGGGGGGAGGGGCCGAGUUUGGCGGAUCUGAGUGUGGCGGCGGGAUUGUUUUGGCCGUUUAAGUUUUUGUUGGAUGGGAGUGCGAGGGCGGAGUUUCCGGAGACCGUGGGGUGGUAUACGAGACUGCUGGAUGUUGAGGAGGUUCGGAAGGGGUUUGGAGGACCGCCGCAGUUUUGUGAGAAGAGG